AUGGUUCGCAUGUUGGCGAUGGUCAAGCAUGGUGGUGGCAGUCCGUAUGUUGGUGGCGGUCUGCAUAUUGGUGAUGGUCCGCAUGUUAGUGAUGUUCUGCCAUUUGGUGGAGGUCCACAUGGUGGUGGCGGUCCAGACAUGUUGGUCGUGGUCUGCAUAUUGGUGAUGGUCCGCAUGUUAGUGAUGGUCUGCAUGUUGGUGGAGGUCCACAUGGUGGUGGCGGUCCACAUGUUGGUGGUGGUCCGCAUGUUGGUGAUGUUCCUCAUGGUGGUGGUGGUUCACAUGCUGGUGGUGGUCCGCAUUAUUGGUGGUGGUCCACAUGGUGGUGAUGGUUCGCAUGUUGGCGAUGGUCCAGCAUGGUCCACAUGGUGGUGGCGGUCCAGACAUGUUGGUGGUGAUCUGCAUAUUGGUGAUGGUCCGCAUGUUAGUGAUGGUCUGCAUGUUGGUGGAGGUCCACAUGGUGGUGGCGGUCCACAUGUCGGUGGUGGUCCGCAUGUUGGUGAUGGUCACCAUGGUGGUGGUGGUCCACAUGACGGUGGUCGGCAUGGUAGUGGUGAUCUGCAUGCUGGUGGUGGUCCGCAUGGUGGUGGUGGUCCGCAUUGUGGUGGUGGUCGGCAUGUAUGCGGUGGUACACAUGGUAGUGAUGGUGAUCCGCAUGAUGUAGGUGGUCCACAUGGUGGUGGUGGUCAGCAUGGUGAUGGCAGUCCCAAGUUGAUGUGGUCUGCAUUGUGGUGGCGGUCAACAUGGUGGUGUGGUGGUGGUUCACAUGCUGGUGGUGGUCCGCAUCAUGUUGGUGGCAGUCUGCAUGUUGGUGGUGGUCUGCAUAUUGGUGAUGGUCCGCAUGUUGGUGAUGGUCUGCAUGUUGGUGGAGGUCGGCAUGGCGGUGGCGGUCCGCAUGUUAGUGGUUGUCCGCAUGGUGGUGGUCCGCAUGUUGGUGAUGGUCUUCAUAGUGGUGGUGGUCCACAUGACAGUGGUCCGCAUGGUGGUGGCGAUCCCCAUGGUGGUGGCGGUCCUCAUGAUGGUGGCUAUCUGCAUGGUGGUGGCGAACCGCAUGGUGGUCCGUCCACAUGGUGGUGGCGGUCCGCAUAG